AUGUAGAGUGCAUAAAAACUUACAUAAUAAAAUUAAGAUGCUUUCUCUUAAUUCUUUGAUAAAUAUAUAACCUCUUCUAACAAACUCUAAACUUAAAGUGUUAGAGAGCUUGCUUAGAAACUUGCAAUAUAAUAUUUUAGUACUUAGCUUCCACCUAGAUAUUCAACAGAGAAUAAUUUGAGAAAGAAAAAUAGAAAUAUAGUUUACAAAUAAAUUGAAACAGAUGCAAUAGAAAAGGCGAAAGCAUAAUUUAAAGCAAAGAAAGAGAGAAAGGAAUCAUAAUAAAGAAAGUUACCACCAGUUCCUAAGAAGCAAAAUAGUUUACCUAGAAGUUUAUCAGUGUAACCUCCUAUAAAAUGUCUAUCGGCUCAACCUAAAAGAUCAGUUCCUUAUACAUAUUUGUAUUAUUUAGGAGAAGGAAAUAAUCAUGAUUUAAUAAAAUAGUUAUUAGAUGAAAGAUAAAACUGGGUUUAAGUCAAAGAUGUUACUCUUAAAAAUAUAAAUUUUAAAUGGUAAGAGACAGAAAAAGGUUAUGAAUAUCGUACUUUAGCUGGCAAUUUCAAAGAUAGUACUCCAUAAAUGCUUAAUCAUUUUGAGUUUCAUAUUGAAAUUUCAAAUAAAUAUUACUUGGCUUAAAAUUUUAAGAUAUAUUGUGAAGUAUGCUUGAAUUAUAAAAUUAGAAAAACUAACUUAACGUUUAAGAUUACAUUCCAAUAAGUUUUGCAAUAGAAUGUACUAAUUAGAAUUUGAAAGCUGGUUUAUUUUAGUUUUUAACUUUCUAUAGAUCUUAUUGUCCUUAAAAUUAAUUAUAAGAGUUAGAUAAAACAAUAAAAUCAUAUUAAUUUAAGUAUGGGACUUAAUUAGAAUGUAAAAUGGAUUAAUAUCCUACUUUAUUUGCUGGUGAAAAUCUAUGGAUAUUCAAACCAUCGAAUAUGAAUUAAGGAAGAGGGAUUCAUGUUGUUCGAAAUCUUUAAGAAAUUAUUGAUAUUUAUAAUAGAUAUCAGAAUGGUUAUAAGGAGCAUCUUUUAGAAGUAAAAAGAAAUGAAAAAAAUGAAAUAGUAACAAAAAUAAUUUAUAUAAAUACAUUAAUGACAGAAUAAUUUGUAAUUUAGAAAUAUAUAGAGAAACCUUUAUUAAUUAAAGGAAGGAAAUUUGAUAUCAGAGCAUAUGUGUUGAUAACAUCUAAUUUAGGAUUCUUUUUUUUUAAGUAUAAAUAUAAUUUACUAUAUAGAGAAGGGUAACUAAGAUUGGCAACAGAAACAUUUGAUGUUAAGAAAUAAUCAAAUUAUAUUCAUUUAACAAAUAAUGCUGUUUAAUAUACUCAUCCUUAGUAUGGAAAAACUGAGGAAGGAAAUCAAUAUAAUUUUGAUUAGGCUUCAUAGUAUUUUAAAAUAGAUUUCAAAAAAGAAGUAUGAUAAUUAAUUUAAUAUAUAAAAAGGUGAUACAAAAAUUGAAAUAAAUUUCUUUAUUAGUAUUUACAAGUGUUAAAGGAAAGAUUAAUAAAUAUAAAAGAAAAAACUGCUUUGAGAUUUUUGGUAUGGAUUUUAUAUUAGAUGUUGAUUUUAAACCAUGGUUAAUUGAAGUGAAUACAAAUCCUAGUUUAGAAGUCACUAGUAAAUUAUUAGGAAGUUUAUUUCCAAGAUUAAUAGGUAUCUUAUAAAUUUAUAAAAUAGAUGAUGCAUUUAAAUUGACAAUUGAUCGACAAUUCCAUCAAUAAAAAUCACCAUCUAAAUAUCAAUUUCUUAAUUAUUCGAAUGAUGAAAACUUAUGGGAAUAUGUUAGUUAGCUUUGA